GCGCGCAUGCGAGUUGAAGGUAGACCGCUGCAGGGAUUUCCUCAUCCAAAAUGGCUGCCGCGAUGGAUGUUGAUACUCCGAGUGGGACCAACAGCGGUGCCGGUAAAAAGCGCUUCGAAGUAAAGAAGUGGAAUGCAGUUGCCCUCUGGGCUUGGGACAUCGUUGUUGACAACUGUGCAAUAUGCAGAAAUCAUAUUAUGGAUCUCUGUAUAGAAUGCCAAGCUAACCAAGCAUCAGCUACCUCGGAAGAAUGCACUGUUGCAUGGGGUGUUUGUAAUCACGCUUUCCAUUUUCAUUGCAUUUCCCGCUGGCUUAAGACUCGGCAGGUAUGCCCAUUAGAUAAUCGAGAAUGGGAGUUUCAGAAGUAAGUAUCAUAUACUUGCCUAAAUAAGGGAAAUACAGUUAACCAUAGCAUAUGCCUAAUUUCAUCCAGGUGCUUUGAUUAUAGGUAGAGCUUACAUUGCUAGCGUUUUGGCAAGCUGAAAUUGGCACUUCCAUAUGCUUUAAGUUUAAAGGGAUGUAGAUGAAGUACAACAUUACUACAUCUGCUUAAAGGGAAGUACAUGAGCAUAUAUGAAUUACGGUAUCCCUUUAGGCAGCAGAGAAAAGUGUUAUUGAUAAAAGUAUAGCAUAUACUUGUAUACAGUAUGCAGACUUAUAUUCAAGAUUGCACAUAUAUUUCAUUAUAUAAGUAGAAUGAUUGUGUUCAAGUCCCCACAUUAAGAAUGCCCUGAUUUUAAAAUAACCCACAGUUAAGAAUUUGAGUUAAAUAUACAGUGAUUCAAGUUAAAUACAUAAUGGUUCAAGUUCAUUAUUCAAUAUUACUUACACAAUUAUAUUGUUCCUGCUUACAUACAAGUUUGACUUAAGGGUAGAUCUUGGGAAGGGUAGACCUUAAAAUGGGGACUAUCCAUUCGGGACUAAAUGUCUUUGGAAAUAAAGGUAGUUAAUCUGAUGUCUGUUAAAAUACCAAUAACAGUAUAAAGUAUAUUUGUAAACUUGGUUUGAUAGGUACAGAUUUGCAACUGAAGAAUGGAGCAGAUUUGCAACUACAUUAAUAACAGUUUAUGGGCAAUGUAUCAGUUUUUUAUUGUAAUAAGCAAUAAAAUAUAUCAUGGAGAGAUUUUGGUUGACCUUAAUUAAUAUAUAAGAAUCAAUAAGAUUGCAGCAGCUUAAACAAAAGCAUCAAUAAUGGGAUUUCAGAGCUAAGAAAUAAUAUUGCUUAAGAUUCACAGAGAUUUUCAACAUUCUGUGUCAUGUAACGUAAAGCAUGCAACACAUUUCAGAUCAAGUUAAAUAUGGUAUACGAAUGAUGUAAUGUUUCAUUCUUUUUUAAAUGGCAGAAUUGCCAGCUUGUGCAAACCAGCAGUUAACAAGCAGUACACUGAUAUAGGAGUUCUUUAGUAUGAUUUCCUAAUUUGCAGGUGCUAUCCCUUAAAUCAGGAA